ACGUCAUUAUUGGUAUAUAAUUCAGAGACCAUCAGAAACAUGGCGACCGUUUGCACUGCGAAUCCUGUUUCUGGUGCUUGUAAUAUCACUAUUUAGUGUUUCAGUGUACUCUUUCAGACUCGGAUCGAGGGCAAAAACCCUGCAUUUUCCCCACCAAGAAGCAGAUGAUGGAAUAAAGAGGAUAAGACGGAGUGUUCCCACCGAAAAUGAAAGUCCAGCCCAUCAAUCGCGGAGGGCGAGACAAGCAGAUAAUCGACCCGAUGAGUCUGCGGCAAGUCCCGGUGAAGGUAUUCAAGUCACAAAGUUUGACCUGAAUGACCCCCAUCCUGAGCUGAUCGUUCAUUGGGCAGGCGAGGACAGCGAUGUCAUCAUCUGCCUCACCCGUGACAUCACGCAAACCACCCAAUCAGAGAGCUACGUCUAUAUCUCCAGUGACUAUGGGGUAACGUUCGUGAACAAGUCGAGUACGAUGUUCAGAAGUUUUUUCCACGAGGCCUGUCUACGAUCGCUUCUACAGCAGCAAGGCUGACAUCCAGAGAUAUAUGUUCACAGAUGUGGUCAACUCCCUGGUCACUACGACACAAAACUUUGGAAGUACCUUCAGUACCUUCACCGUCCCCUUCAAGCCAACGUCCAUCUUCACUCAUGCCGUCAACCCCGACAUCGUCCUCGGAAUGGAUGAGAACGAUGAUUCCAGAAGGCUUUAUGUUUCGAUGAACUUUGGAGGUACUUGGACUCUUAUGGAGCAAGAUGUGAAGAGCUUCAACUGGGGUGUUGAGCCAUGGGAUAGGACUGAUACCAUCUACGUGGAGAGGCUGGAAACUGACGGUACGAGCUCGGUCAGCAAGUCAGAUGAUUUCUUGACCCUCAACAGGCAGGUGAUCAUCUCGGGCAUCAAAGACUUUGAAGUCAGGGAUGACUAUCUUUUCGCUACCCAGGUCAAGAGUGGAGUGGAAGAUGAACUAGAGCUUUUGGUCUCCCAUGAUAGGGGAGCAUUCAAGAUGGCUGAAUUUCCUUUCGAUGUUCCUAAAAGGGAUUUCUACAUUGCCGAUGCGUCCGAGGAACAGGUCUUUGUGUGUGUCCAUCAUCAGGACCUGCAGACCAAUCUCUACAUCUCAGAGGCCAAGGGCGUCGUCUUCUCCCUCUCUCUCAUGAACAUCUCCUACUAUAACCCGGAGGGAGCUGGCAAAGAUUCUUGGCUAAGUCGCUAUGUCGAUGAGCCGUUUGCUGACUUCCACAAAGUGGACGGACUGCGCGGCAUCUACGCAGCCAACGUGCUCCUGAACACAGAUGCAUCGUCGUCUUAUACUGCAGAGAACAUGGCUACCUAUGGAUCCUUUGACAAGGGCGGAGAAUGGUUCCUGGUGCCUGCCCCUGAAAAUGAUGCAGAUGGCAACCCGUACGGCUGUCGCUAUAAUCCCAAAGAGGGAGAAUGCUCGCUGCAUCUCUCACAGAAGUUCAGUCAGUCGGCCCCAGGCUCUCGUACCAUUCCCAUCCUCUCCAAGGCCUCCGCUCCUGGUCUCAUCCUGGCCACCGGUAAGGUCGGCAAGACCCUGCUUGGAAACGAGACCAUGGGAUUCAACGUCUACCUCUCAGCUACGGCUGGGGCAUCGUGGUAUGAGGUGUUGCGUGGUAAUCAUUUCUUUGCUUUUGGAGACCACGGUGGUGUGGCGACUGCAGUGGAACAGAGAGGAGAUACAAAUGCAGUCAAGUACAGCGUGAAUGAGGGGGAGACCUGGCAUUCAGAGAUGUUCUCAGAAUCCAAGAUCUAUGUGUAUGGAUUGAUGACAGAGCCUGGAGAAAAGUCACUCGUCUUCACCGUCUUUGGUUCAGAGACUGCCACCCACUCCUGGCUCAUUGUCCAGAUCAACUUCAGACCUGUCUUUUCUACGAACUGCGGUGAUGAUGACUACAAGCAAUGGUAUCCUGGAGAAGAAUUCCCUGAGCACAGCUGUCUCUUGGGUAGGAAGACCAUCUACGAGAGAAGGCGUGUCCACUCCGACUGCUUCAAUGGACGAGACUACGAUAGACCCAUCUCCUCCAUCAAUUGCACGUGUGAUCGAGAUGAUUUUGAAUGUGACUUUGGUUUCAUGGAGAGGGAAGGCUCGUACAUCUGUAUGAAGGACCCAGAGGAUGAUAGGGAUCCUACGGUACAACCAGACCGCUGCCCUGAAGAUACAUUCUGGAGAAGGUCAAAAGGGUAUCGCAAGGUGGAAGGAGAUACUUGCCAUGGAGGAGACGAGAAGUACUACGAGGCAGACCAAGUCUCAUGCCCUGUUGCAGAGAGUGCUGAGUUCAUUCUCUACGCUGAACGAACAGAGAUCCAUCGAUACUUCCUCUUGGAUGGCUCUGACGAACGACUACCAAUAGAGGGCCUACAGCUCGCUACUGCUGUUGACUAUGAUGUGGACCAUGAUUGCUAUUAUUACGCUGAAGUUACUUUUGAUGAAAUCCAUCGCUUCUGUCCAGGCGACUCCGACAACCAGAACCAGGUCAUUGUAAGCGCAGGUCUUGAUAUGGUCGAAGGCAUCGCUUUUGAUUGGCUCGCAGAGAACCUUUACUGGGUGGACUCCAAUAGUGAUACCAUUGAGGUUGCGCGCUUUGAUGGACGCUUCAGACGAAAACUUAAGAUAAAUCUUACUCUAGACCAACCAAGGGCGCUAGCUCUGGACCCGAAGAGGGGUAACAUGUACUGGACCGACUGGGGUGCUAAUCCGGUCAUCGCCACUGCCCACAUGGACGGUCAGAACGUCACCAAGCUGGUCACCACAGGCAUCUACUGGCCGAACGGUCUAACCAUUGAUGACCAAUCUUCACACAUCUUCUGGACGGACGCCCACUUUGAUAGGAUUGAGACCGCUUGGUUGGACGGAUCCCAUCGUGAAGUCCUGCUCGAUCAAAACACCCCACAUCCAUUCUCCAUCGCUGUUUACAAGGAUAUGAUAUAUUGGGAUGACUGGUCUCAGUUGAGUAUUCAGUCAGCUAACAAGUAUACCGGUGCUAAUGUCCGAACUGUAGUCGCUGGUUUGGACAGUGCCAUGGAUCUCAAGAUCUUUCAUAAUGCCUCGCAACAAGGCGUAAACCCCUGCUCCCAGAACAACGGCGGGUGCACCCACCUGUGCAUCGUGAAGCCUGAUGCAAGCAGUCCGGAUGCGGUGACGAGGGUGUGUCUCUGUCCAGACGACAUGAAGAUCGUCAUCACGCCCGACGGGAGAGAGGACUGCCAGUGUGAAGCGGGAGAGAAGCUUAACCUCACCACAGGAUAUUGCAUGACUCAGGGAUCCACCUGUAAUCCUGACCAGUUCCAAUGCUUGGACUCUGAUCGCUGUAUUCCUAGCUUCUGGAAGUGUGAUCAUGAGAGCGACUGUGCUGACGGCUCAGAUGAACUCAAUUGUCCUUAUUACACCUGUAGCCCUGAUGAGUUCCAUUGCAAAUCAGGGGGUUCCCAGUGUGUUCCGCUGUCAUGGGAAUGUGAUCAUUAUGAUGACUGCGGUGAUAACUCUGAUGAAGAAAAUUGUGAUUUCCCGACGUGUAACCACGAUCAGUUUACAUGUGACAACGGCCGCUGUAUUCCGAUGGGCUUCUUGUGUGAUCUGGAUAAUGAUUGUUGGGACAACUCAGACGAGAAAGACUGUGACAUCACAAACAUACCGACAACCAUGGCAGCUGGGUGCAACGACAACUUCACACAGUGUGAACCCAACGGUCGUUGCAUACCAACUACGUGGUUGUGCGAUGGUGAGAACGACUGUGGUAACAAUUGGGAUGAACCACCGACACAAAACUGCUCGGUAAACACCUGUAAUUCUAUGCAGUUCACCUGUCAAAAUGGCAAUUGCAUUCCGUCCUAUUGGCAGUGUGAUAACUACGACGACUGUGGAGACAACAGUGAUGAGCAAGGCUGCCCAUCUUCAACAACGUAUCCCCAAUGGACGACGUCCGAUCCAUUUAACUGCAACGAUGGAGACUUCCAUUGUUACUCCUCGGAUCUCUGUAUACCAUAUAAUUGGAAGUGUGACGGGUAUAGAGACUGCGAAGAUGGCUCCGAUGAAUACGACUGCAUUAUUAAUACCACCAUGUACCCUUACACAUGUGAUUGGGACAGCUUUGUAUGCAACAAUGGGCAGUGCAUACCGAAGAAUUGGGAAUGUGAUUUCUACGAGGAUUGCUCUGAUGGUAGCGACGAACAUUGCUCAUCUACCACGCUGAUGCCGUACACUACUCAGGAUCCUGGCUGCGGGUUCUUCCACGUGCCUUGUGGACCAGGGGCCACGCCCCGCUGUAUCUGGCAGUGGUUUGUGUGCGACGGCGAGGCUGACUGCUCAGACAGGAGCGACGAGGCACAUUGCGGAACUGAAGAGCCAACCACCAACAUUCCCGUCCCGACGACUGUCUCCCAUUGCCCUAACGGUGACUUUAAAUGCAGGAAUGGUCAGAAGUGCAUACCCAGAUCAUAUCAAUGCAACAGUUACUACGACUGUUCCGAUCUCAGUGAUGAAGAUGGAUGUCAACCUGGUACUACAUCAGUGACCCCAACUCAAACGCCAAACAUCUGCGGGAUGGGUCAGUUCUACUGUUCAUGGUACGAAGAUUGUAUCGACCAACUGAAUCAGUGUAAUGGAAAUAACGACUGCUUCGGAGGUGAAGAUGAAGCCAACUGCCAUAGUGGAUAUCUGGUACAAGGGAUGGAAGUUGGAGUUGGUCCUAAUAUCAAAUCAGCUUUCGUACAUUUCAAUCUCCCAACAACUACGAAUUCUAUGAUCGUAUCGCUCUAUAAGAGGGAAGCCGACCCUCAAGCUAAUCAACCCGGCCAUGACUUGCCGACUACAAGUAUCUUCAAUAAAACGUAUUCACACGUCACGGCCCGUCAGUCUCACCUCUGGACCAAUCUGAAGGCAGAAACAGACUAUGUAUUCACCGCAUCUAUCUCCAUCGGUGGCACAGCAUACAACAAGGUGCCUCUUCUGUCUUAUAGAACACCUGCAGAUUCGAGAGAGAUUGCAACACCCACCAACGUUAAAGCUAACCUGAUCGAGGAGCCGUCAAUCUUGUGGGUCAAUGUUACAUGGAACUACCCGGACACACCUGGUGUUCUCUUUACGGUCUAUUACCAUGACGAGCACUCAAGUACGACUCGUACGGGUUAUACAAAGUCAAAUUGUUUUCCGAUCUACCUCUUGGAGGAAGACAAACUGUUCUACAUCUCGGUUUCUGCCUCGGUCGGUGAUGUCUCAGGAAAUCGCAGCGCAGAAGUUCCCGUCUUUGUGGGUAGAGGAUCUAUACAGCUAGCUCCAACCAAUGUGACUGUAAGGAAUAUAAAAAAGGACAGUGUCGACCUGUCAUGGACUAGACCAAAUGAGCCAACUGAAAUACCAAUACUUGGCUACAUGGUGUAUGCUACUGUGAGUUCAGGUGAACUACCACAAAGGAACAUUGCCAACUCCACCAAGACCAGCAUAACUUUGCCUAAUCUCUGCCCGGGACUCGCGUACGUCUUUGAGGUAGGUGCCUACAACAACCUGGGCCGAGGUUCCCUCUCAGCGCCCCAGCAAGGUAUGACCAUAGGCACGCCGUACAGCCGUCCUCAAGACCUGAAUGCCACAGUCUUAUCUAUAAGCUCAAUUCGACUGCAGUGGCACGAACCUGCCAGCAAGCCAACUGGCAAAGUGAUGUACGACAUUGCCUAUGCUGAUGGAAACCCAACUGAUUUCAGUAAGAUCCAUACUAGCUCCCUCUCCUACACCAUUGAAGACCUACGGUCUGGUGUGAAAUAUCAGUUUGCGGUCAGAAUGCAACUCUCAUGUGAGGAUGCACCCUUCGCCAUAGUAGCGAAAAAAACAGACUAUGAUCCAACGUUACCACCAAAGAACUUGCAAGUGCAGAAAAAAGAUUUCCAGAACGUCACUUUGCAAUGGUCAUCUCCAAGGGACGACAUGCCUGCAGCUAUCGCAUACAUUGUCUACUAUUGGAACACCUCGCAACCAUCAGAACGGCACAACAUCACAGUUCCACCCACCAUAAAAACAACCAUCUCUCUAAAUGUACCUAAUCUGGUUCCAGGAGCUAACUAUUCCUUUAAAGUACGCUCUAACGCCACAUCAGCAGUCAGCAGUGGAGAAAUAAGAGCUCAAACCAAGCUUCCCUCAGAGCCGACUGGAUUCCAGGCUCUAGCAGAGAAUGGUGUCAUACAUUUGUACUGGGGACCACCGGAAGAAACUUGGAACAAGACAUUGGGCUUUGCAGUUUAUCUGCUAAGGAUGAAAGAUGUGUUCCCUGGUCAGACAGAUGUAGAACUAAUACCGGAAGAUGCUCUAAGAAAGGUGGAGAAGAACAUCUCUCUCUGGACCAUCACAGGAGGAAUAUCGUCUUAUCACUAUGAGUUUCCAAAAGACCUUGAUCCUGACCUGUAUGCUGUGAUGAUCAGUGUUGACCAGUAUAAGGGAUACUAUGGCAAAACAGUGCCUCUCCAAACUGCCACCGAGAAUCAAGCUGCUCCGCCUCCAAAGGCCCUCUCCAAGAACCAAGCCCUAUAUGCCGGCGUCGCCGUUGGGAUCGUGGUCAUCGUCCUCAUGGUCAUCGUGGUCUACUUCGCCGUCCGACAUCGUCGACUUCAGCAGAGCUUCAUGUCCUUUGCCAACAGUCACUACGACACCCGAUCAGGAACCGCCACGUUUGCCACGAGCGAUGAUGAUGACGGUGGAGACUUAGAAUUAUUAGCUGAACUUCAAGGAUCUGAUGAGGACCAGCCGAUGAUUCGUGGAUUCUCAGACGACGUGCCUCUUGUUAUUGCCUGAAUUACAAAGAAAUAACUUGGAAAAAAAGAAGAUUUAAUCAGGAAUUGAUUGUUUGAUUGAAACGUAUAAAUCAUAUGUGUAGAGUAUACAGGAAAAGUUUGUUUACACUGCCUGAAUAGUCAUAUCCUACUGGGCCCAGAGCAUGGCUUUCUCUGUUGUGAUGAGAAGGAAUUUGCACUAAUGAUAGUUAUGAAAUAAGUGGAUUGAGGUAUUCCUUUUAAAAAAAAAAAAUCUAGAGUGCAUUCACCUGGGAGAGUUGACUAAUUAGACAGUGUAUUUUAAGCUUUCAUAUUUUUUUCCCUUUUUUGUGAGAUACAGAUAUAUAUUUCUUGAUCUUUUUUAAAAUGAUAAAUCAGUACAUUCCUAAUUCUCAUUCAUAGUGAAAUAAAUAUUGUAUCAUUGUAAUUCUUGUUACAGCUUCUUUUUGGUAACGUUUCUUAUUUCAUUUUGUUUGUUUCAUGAAAACGUACUUAUUUGUCUGGUACUAGAAGUGCAGUUCUCUGAGUUUCUAUUUUUAGCCAAAUGGGAAAUAAACGUGGUAGUGAGUUAUGCGUAGUACCAAAGAGCACUACCGCAUAUCGUCAAGUACUCUCUAGAUAAAUGUUUCAGAUUCUCUAUUUUGUACUGUGUUUAAUUGUACUAAUAUACCAUGCAGCGUUUUUCAUAAAUUUGUGUAGAUAAAAGGAGUUUCUAAGGUCAUCAAGAUGCAGUCUCUGUAAACAUAACAGAACAAAUUUCGUAAAAAUAUGACAUGUAUAUAGUUUGUCAUUUAAACUACAUAGAUCAGUGGUGUACUGCAUACUCUUUCGUUAUCUGUAUCAUUAUCAUAUUGUGUGUUGUAGACAUUUGACAAUAUGUUCCAUUAUCAGAUGGACUUGUGUCCUUUAAGCUCCAACUAUUAUCAAAGUAGUGCCCUUUUGCCUUCAUAUCUUAACCAUUUUCAUGCCUUGUAGUUGGAUGAGGGUAAAAAAGACACACCUGUAUAUUUAAUCAGACUCUUGUGUAAUUUAGAAAAGUUUGUGCCAUUAUUCAUUUCAUUUUUUUCUGCAGCGUCUAGUAUGUACAUAAUGAACGGUCCAAGAACAUUUGUUCCUAGUACUCUUGUGUUUCAAAAGAACUGUAUUAAACAAAACAGAAGUCCAUUGAUUAAACAGAUUUUGUAAGAGCAGUCAAAUUUGGCAGUCAUUUUUAACCAAAUUUAUGAAAGAAGCACUGAAUAAUGAUCACUGGUCAGUUGCUCUACAUUAUCGCGCAUCGUUUAAAUCCCAAUCAUACACAUACAUGGGGUAUAUAAAAUACAUUCCUGUAUAUUGUCAUUGGAUGGAUACAAAAUUGUCAAUAUAUGGGACAACAGAAAAAAAUUCUUACAGCUACACAGCUUAUUUUCAUCGGUAAAAUGGGAUUGGCAUAUUUCAGUUAUAUCAACAAUUUCAUUUACACAACACAAUAUUGUUCAAAAAUUGAAAACACGUACGUUAAUAGACAUCCCUGUGUUUGGAAGCUAAAGAUGUAUAGGAUACUUCUAUAUAGAUAAACAAUCAAAAGUACUACCUUGUGUGGAAUGUUAAUAGAUUUCUUGUCUUUGUUAAUUUUUGUUUUGACUUUGAAGUGUAAUUGCGUUGUCUUUAUUGUGUUAUUCAUGUUAUUUUGGUUGUUAUACUUUAUAUUUCAUGUUAUUGUUUGUUUUGAGAUACAUUUUUUUUCUUCAUGAUUUAUGUAAAUACGUGUAUGUACACAGAUUUUUUUAUAAAAAAGUGAGAUUUUUCAUUUGAUUGAUAUAUGAUGAUAAGAAAAACAAUAAUGUGUUUUGGUGGGAAUUAUAAUUACCCAGAAAGUGAGCAAGUUGUACUGCUAAGCUCAAGAUCAGUAUGAUAUCUUUAAGAGAGAAGUAUCUCUGAAUUCACAUAGAAUUGUAAAAAAUCUUGAAAGAGUGGUUUAUGUUAAAGCAAUAAUUUCAUGUUGGGUUAGAUCAAGCAAUCAAUAAAGACCAUCGUACACUGUAGAGAUACAGGCUCAUCGAAUCCACUAAUAUGUAAUCAGAGAGUAAGAUUCGACACUAUGGCUUACAUUUGAAAAACAAAAAAAUUACAGAGAGCUUAUCCAAAAAUUAUGAAGUGCGCUUAUACAUGUAAUAUGGGUUUGACUUUGACAAAGAUACAGAGGGAAUUUUUUUUUUUUUUAAAGUUGGUGGAAUUGGAAUGAAAAGAGCUAAAAGUGUUAAAUUUAUGGAUGGAUCAUAUUUCAAAAUGGCAAUAUCAUUAUUUUCUGUUCUUCAUUGAAUUGUCUUUGCAGUUGGAAAAUUGCCAUGAAGAUACAUGUACAUGUAUAAAACAAAAAAAAAUUGAAAAAAUAUCUUCAAUUUAAGUUCUAGCAAAUAUGGGGCCCGAGUCAAAAUUGAAAUGCUGCAGAAUCCAUUAAUAUUGGCUGCCUCUAUAUCAUGAAAAAAACCCUCCAUAAAUCAUCAAAAAUGGGGCAUCAUUGUAAAGGAAAAUUAGCAAGCUUUCAAAUGAUACCAGUUUCAAGUUUUAUAACAAGAGGUAAAUCAAUGCUCAAACUUGAAUGUGAUAACUAAUGUUUUGAAGAGUUUAUAAGGCUGAAAGAUCCAACAGUUUUCAUUGAUUGAGAAAGAUAUGCAUUUAAUGCAAGAUGCAGUACUGCCAAAUACUAAUCAGGAAGAAAAUGCCAUGACUAACUUCUCCUAAUAUGGGUGUCGUUCCAUUGAUCAAUAAGAAGAAUAGUAAAUGUAAUUGAAGUUGAUUUCUGUGUAUGAUAUCCGAACGAUUAUUGAACGAUAUACAUUUACAUCCGUUUUGAAAUAAAUUUUCUCAAAUCAAUGUUGUUUCGUUUGACGCACUAAGGCAUAGUUUGGUUUUCAUAUACUUAAACAAGAUGUACAUUUUAUUCCUAAUUUGCCUACUUUAUCAUACAGCUUUAUAUAUUUUUGUAGUUGUCACGCAUCAUAUUUUCUUAUCCUAUAUAUUUCCAUGCAGGUUUUCAACUUGGAAUUUUGUACUCGAAAAUAAUCCAUAAUUAUCAUUUUAUGUUAGUUAGAUGGUCCCAAGAAAAAGAGGCAGGAGAUGACAAAGGAAGUUUGAGAAUAAAUAGAGAUGGGUUGAUUGAAAAUAUUUUGUUUAAAGAAAAAUUAUGAAAAACAUUCAUCCAAUAUUUCAUCUCUCUCCGAGUAUUGUUUCCACGAAUCUUUUGAUCAUUAAUCGUAAUUUCAUGUGGUUUGAAAAUGCCUUCCAUAAUUACAUCCUACCUUCUUCACCGUACAUGCAUGUACCUGCAUGCAUUAGAAUAUAUCUAUCUCUCAUAUAUUUCAGUAUGCCAUGCUGUAGAUGUCUUGUAAGAUAUGUUUUUUAACAUCAACUCUAGAAAAUAAAGUUAUUCUUCAAUCAACACGAAAAGAAAUGCUUACAAACUUAUCAACAGUUUUUCAUGUUUUUUUGGUCGUCUUUGAUAUGAUUUGGCACUUGCUCUUCAAGUACAUUUUCUUGUAGAACAGAUUUAUUCAUGUAUUUGAUAAUAGUGAUGAUACAGAAAAUAUGUGAGACAGGUCUUUCGUAGUACUGCAUAUUCAAGAUAAAAUAUGUCUAUUAAUUGUGUUUUAUUGUUAUUAGUGGUGAUGAGAUUAAUACUAUGAUCGUUGCAGAGAUAUUUGUCUAGCUAUUUUUGCGGUAAAGGUACUCUAUUCCACUCGCUACUCAUUUGAAAUUUAGGGAUUUAUCUUUUCUAUAUUAUUGCUUACAUGAUGGAUGAAAUAAACAGAUUAUUGCUUGUACUCUUA